CUGCGGGAGCGGUGGGUGUUGUACACAAUCAUCAUGGCAGCGUCCAGAGCUCUGGAUGGCAUGGAGGAACCUGGCAUGGACACGGAGGCUGAGGUGGUGGCAACCGAGGCCCCCGCGCGUCCCCUUAACUGCGUGGAGGCGGAAGCGGGCGGCGGGGGCGGCGCCGAGGACUCCUGCGCGGCGCCAGGCAACCUGCAGCCAGCCCCGGCGCAGCCUCCUGGGGACCCUGCAGCCCAGGCCUCAGUCAGCAACAGCAAAGACGCCGGCGGCGGCGCAGGCAGGGAGCUAGUGGCCCUGAAGAUCGUCUGGAACAAGACUAAACACGACGUGAAGCUCCCCUUGGAUAGCACAGGUUCCGAGCUGAAACAGAAGAUUCACUCGAUUACAGGUCUCCUUCCUGCCAUGCAGAAAGUCAUGUAUAAGGGACUCGUCCCUGAGGAUAAGACGUUGAGAGAAAUAAAAGUGACCAGCGGAGCAGAGAUCAUGGUGGUUGGCUCCACGAUAAAUGAUGUUUUGGCUGUAAACAUACCCAAAGAUGCUGCCCAGCAGGAUGCAAAGGCCGAAGAGAACAAGAAGGAGCCACUCUGCAGGCAGAAACAACACAGGAAAGUGUUGAAUAAAGGAAAACCCGAAGAUGUGAUGCCAUCUGCUAAGGGUGCCCAGGAGCGCCUGCAGACGGUACCCUUAUCUGGCAUGCACAAGAAGUCUGAAGGCAAAGUGAGGCUCAUCUUCAAGCUAGAACAAGACCAGCUGUGGAUCGGCACUAAACAGCAGACUGCGAAAUUGCCCGUGGGCUCCAUAAAAAAUGUGGUCAGUGAACCUAUUGAAGGACACGAAGACUACCACAUGAUGGCAUUUCAGUUGGGCCCCACGGAAGCCUCUUACUACUGGGUGUACUGGGUCCCAACUCAAUAUGUGGAUGCAAUCAAAGACACUGUACUGGAGAAGUGGCAGUAUUUUUGAAAGCACUUUCACCUCUGGCCCAGGAGACUGACCCAAAG